CAAUUUCACCUGGCAUAGAAAAUGUACUCAGGAUACUGUUGUUCAGAGGAGCUAGCCAACAACACAGCUACAGUAACACAAUCACUUCAAACGGAAGCUGGAAAGACUGCAAACUUGCUGCACUUCAUUUAGUUUGACCAUUUUUCAAUUGACAUUGUUUUGUAUAUAUCCAUAAAAAUGAUGCCAGGUGAUUCAUGAUUUUGACUGGCUGAGAAACGCUGCCUGCCUGUCUGUCUCGUCCCGGUUCCCGACAUGUUCCUUACUAUGGGACAGCAGGAUAUCGAAUGUGAAUAUUGAAACAAUGUUGCGAAUGUCGGAGAGACAGACAGCAAGGUUUAUACAAAAAAACAACUAAAUGUUACUCUAAAACAAAUGUGAGAUAAUGUCAAGAUGCUUUUUAGAGUGGAGAUCAAGUUUAUAAAUUGACUGGCUGGGCGGAUGAGACAGUGGAUUGUGCAGUCAGAUGGAACAGAGUAAUAAACAGGCAUAGAUUUAGCGGUGGUAAAUUGUGAAAUAGACACCGGCUGGAAUGUGGUUUUAACCAAUCAGCAUUCAGGAUUAGACCCACCCAUUGUAUAAUCUAGUUUAAACAACAUUCCAUAAGAGUGAUCAAUCAAGAGAAUACUUUCUCAUACUACCCGAAACCUGAUACUCUCUAAUAUUUGCAGUUUUCCCUGGAGCGAAUAUCUGAUCAACAUACCAGCAACUAUGAUUUCUGUUUUUCCAUUCAAUGCUUCUUGUCAAUUAUAGCAAAUACAUUUUUUCGUUUUUCAGUUGCAACCAUCACAAUUAUAUUCCUCUAAUUUAUAGCCAUGUGGUUUAUUUCCUAUCGUUACAUUGUUAUUAACAUUUCUGCCUAAAGCUGGAAUCCUAAACUGCUACAUAAAUGUUUGGACCCAUAAAUUAAUGAUAUACUUUGAACGGGGUUAUGGUAUUAGGCUGUGGUGUAUUUAAGUAAAACUACUUUAAAGUACUCUUUAAAUCGUUUUGGGGGGUAUCUGUACUGUACUAUUUAUAUUUUUGCCAACUUUUACUCUUACUUCACUACAUUUCUAAAGAAAAUAAUAUACUUUUACUCCAUACAUUUUCCCUGGCACCCAAAAGUGCUCGUUGCAUUUUGACAGGAAAAUGGUCCAAUUCACACACUUAUCUAGAAAACAUCACUGGUCAUCCCUACGGCUUUUGAUCUGUUAAGACUCAUUAUACACAAAUGCUUGUUUGUAAAUUAUGUGUUAGUGUGCUCCUGGCUAUCUAUCCGUCAAUAAAAAUUUAAAUAAAAUUUUGCCAUCUGGUUUGUUUAAUAUAAGGAAUUUAAAAUGAUUUAUACUUGUACUUUUGAUACUUAUGUACAUUUUAGCAAUUCCAUUUACUUUUGAUACAUAAGUAUAUUUAAAAACAAAUACUUUUAGACUUUUCUUCAAGUAGAAUUUUACAGGGUGACUAUCACUUUUACUUGAGUAAUUUUCUAUUAAGUUAUCUUUACUUUUACUCAAGUAUGACAAUUGAGUACUUUUUACACCACUGGUAGUAGGUGCCAGGUGCACCGGUUUAAGUGUGUCAAGAACUGCAAUGCUGCUGGGUUUUUCACUCAAUAGUUUCCCAUCUCUAUAAAAAAAAUGGUCCAUUAAAAGGGGGUGCAGGUCAAUUUCGAGUGGUGUUCUUAAUGUUUUGUAUACUCGGCCUCAAUUCGUCAGGGCAUGGACUCGACAAGGUCAAGCGUUCCACAAGGUGCUGGCCCAUGUUGACUCCAAUACUUCCCACAGUUGUGUAACGUUGGCUGGAUGUCCUUUGGGUGGUGGAACAUUCUUAAUGGACACGGAAAACUUGAGUCUGAAAAACCCAGCAGCGUUCAAAGGCACUUAAAACUUUUGUCUUUCCCAUUCACCCUCUGAAUGGCACACAUACACAAUCCAUGUCUCAUGGCUUAAAACCCUUUCUUUAACCUGUCUCCUCCCCUUCAUCAACACUGAUUGAAGUGGAUUUAACAAGUGAGAUCAAUAAAGGAUCAUAGCUUUCACCUGGAUUUACCUGGUCAUGUCAUGGAAAGAGCAGGUGUUAAUGUUUUGUACACUCAUUGAUUAUUGAAUAAUAUAACUUAGAAAUUCCACAUGAGCUUAGUUCAACUGUUUUGUUUUCCAAUGUUUGCAAACAAUGUAAAUGUAAACUGUGUAGCCUCAAAACAUGGUUAAAACUAGAAUUUUGAUAGCAUAGAUGGUCAGUCCUUGCAUCCAUAACUCUGUUUAUGAAUUUGAGAGUGUUUACAUUUCUCCAAGGCCUGUCCCUCAGCUUUUUACCAAAACACAGGCGAGACGACAGCUUUGUUAUUGUUUCAAUUAAGGAUGCAAGCUUUAAUGCUGUCCAACAGUUUGUUUUCUGUGAUGUAUCAAUAGUCAUAGAAUUAGCAAUACUGUUGUUCACUGUAAUUUAAUAGGAACUCUACGCUCCGAGUCACAUCCCAUCAUCUUUGGGAAACUGGUAUUGCCUGUUUUCCCUAUUUCUAGUUGCUUUCUCUCUCUCUCUUUCCCCAUCAGGUUGUUUUGGAACUCCCCAUGCAAUGCGGCUCAACAGGAAAUGUGAUUUGCACAUAUAAAAGGGACCUCUCGUGGCAACUCACUCUUCAAUACAGAAACGACUAUUUGACACUGACAAAACAUACUGUAUGGUGGUCAGACGGGAACUAAGCGACUUACUACCGAGACACAGACUGUUGCAGCGUAAACAAGAUAGAAAUCACAAAACAGAGUAAAAGGACAAAUUAACUAUUUUUCACUAGCCAUUUAUUUGAUCAUUAGUGACAUAGGCCUACCAUUUCGUCUCAUUUGUAAAUAUAAUUUUUUUGUUUUUUUAUUUUGUUAAUUUCCCGUAGUGUUGUAAUCUUGCUCAUCAUGUUGGACCAGCUGGCUUUCACGCAAGAGAACAGAGAGCGGAUACAGGCAGUGGAGAACUCCUUCGGCCCCUCUGGGAUGUCCCUGAUCAGACCUGACCGGGUCUUGAUAGGCAAAGGGCGGCUGAUGAAGCUGUGUCGACGCCGCCCCCAGCCUAAAGUCUUUUUCUUGUUUAAUGACAUUUUGGUGUACGGUAGCAUCAUCCUUCAUGGACGCUGGCACAAGAACCAGCAUGUUAUCUCCCUGGAGGAUAUCCAGCUUGAGGACCUGGAGGACGGGGUCAUCAUGGAGAACCAGUGGCUGAUCCGCACACCACAGAAGUCCUUCUAUGUGGCAGCUGCCUCCGCUGAGGAGAAGCGUGCCUGGAUGGAGCACAUUGAGGACUGCAGGUGUAAGCAGCUGCAGCAUGCCGGCUGCCAGCCCGGGUGCACCUUCGCCACCACCUGGAUCCCUGACCGGGCGUCCGCCAUCUGCAUGCGCUGCUCUCAAACGUUUCGGGUCAACAAACGUCGCCACCACUGUCGUUGCUGCGGCUUUGUCGUCUGCAACGCCUGCUCCAAGAACCGGGCCGUGAUCUGCCACAUCUCUACUAAGCCCGUGAGGGUGUGUCGACUGUGUCACCUCAGUCUCCAGGAACAUGGGGAGCUGACUCAGGAUGAGGUGCAUCUAUGGGGGGACAGUGAUGGGAGGAACUGCUCUGAUGAAUCUGACCUGGUCAUGCCCAAGUACGAGGCGACUAGCGACAAUGAGGCGAAUGAGUGGGUAGAACACCACGCACCAAGCAAUUGGGUUGAGUGUCACAACUCUUGGUCCCCAUUUAACUAUUUAAAACCAGACCAUCAAAGUCUCAAUCUCACUGGAUUGUCAUGUCACUUGACUUGACUUGGCUGACAAUUGGACAAUGUGAGAGGACCCUGAAAAGUAUUUACUGAAUGAGUACGUGGAGAAAAGUGCCAAAUCAAGACGAUACAUGAUCACAUGUAAUCAUUAAUAUUGCACAAAUAUGAACACUAAUCCUACCCAUAUAAUGUAUGCAUUACAUACAUUCUUUCCUGUUAAUAAUAUAAUAUUCCUUUGAGUGUUUUGGGGGGCUUAUUUUUGUUAUCCUUUUGAUAAAAGGUUAACCUGUA